AUGCGAGGCUGCCUGUGGUGGUGCAUCAGAGUCCUGGCAUCCCUAAUCAUCCUGGGGUUCCUUCUUCCAGAGAAUAUAGCAGUGCGCGUGGAGCCGCAAUUUAACACAUUUCUGAGUGAAAAGAGGAAAAUGAUACAGCAGAUAGCUCAAGAGGAAAUCAGCUCCGAAAUCAAGAACCAUUCGAAAUACUUCAUAGAGAUGCAGAAAAGUUCCAGUUCCCAUGUUCUCCAGCAUGCUACCUACACAGUUCUGGCUGGAUCCUCUCUCCAACCCAAGAGGUUGCUGACGGUGGGGAUCUUCUCAAUGCAGCAUAGUCACAGGACUUACCUCUUGGACACCAUGACAUCCUUAUUUCAAGCUUCCUCAGAACAGGACCUGGAGUAUAUGCUGAUAUUGGUCCUCCUGUCAGACACUGACCCCAAAUGGCUCAACCAAACAGUUGCCAACAUUUCAGGUCUUUUCAUGCCUCACAUUGAGUCUGGGAGGCUGCUGGUGGUCCAUGGUCUACUUGGUGGCUCCAGAGCAGAGAGCAGAAAUCAUACCUCCCCCUGUGGAAAACUAUAUUUUAGGCAGAAAACGAGUUCUGUCCUUCUCAUGAAUUUUGCCCGCAAUCUCUCUGAGUACUUCCUGAUGCUGGGAGAUAAAGUACAUAGUACCCCCAGGUUUCUGUCUGACAUCGUCUGGGCCUUGUCAGCUUGGAACCAGCUCCCUUGGGUGAUCCUGGACUUCUCCAGCAUGACGAUCUCUGGGAAGGUUUUUCAUACUGAGGACCUCUCCUGUCUCAUCUCCUUCUUGCUCCUCUUCCCCAAGGACAUUCCUACUCACUUGCUUCUCUCUGAGUUCAGGCUUCUCUUGUCCCAAAAUGUCCCUAUCCGCCUCAGUCCUUCCAUCUUCUACCGAAUGGACAGUAACUCUGAAUUUGAAGACACAUGCUUUCCUGCGGAGCAAAACAACGACUUGGGCAGACCAGACAACCCCGCUGCUACUGUCUUUACAGACAUGAUCUCAUUUUGGCAUACAAGUCCACAGUAUGCCUACAUUCUCAAUGAUGACUACUUCUGGGCCUUGGACCCUAUCAAAGGCAACUACUUACUGGUGAUUCUGGAUAAGCCACAAAAAGUCAUCCAGAUAGCAGUAGAGACGGGCAAUAAUGUGAAUAAGUUGAACUUACUAAAACAUGGGCAACUAUUGCUGGGCUACAGCCCCAUGGACUACCCCAAACGCUGUGCUCAUUAUACCUUGGUAGGCCCAUUGGUGAGAGGUCAGUUGGACCAGAUGGUAUUUUAUGAAGAAGAUUCUGUGAAAGAGAUUAGUUGUAUAAAAUUGCUAGUGACCGAAUCUCAUGACUACCCCAUCAAGAUCAUGCAGAUCAAAGUCUGGACAGAAGUAAAGGAAGAGGAGAAUUAGAGGGUACUGUGA